AUGGCAUCAUCAUUCAACGCAUCAAAAAAAGAAUCGAUUUUAGAUCUUCAAAGAUUUUUAGGAAAAGAGAUCUGUGUUAAAUUUACAGGUGGUCGUGAGGUUCAAGGUAUUUUAAAAGGAUAUGAUCAAUUAGUUAAUAUUACAUUAGAUCAAACUAAAGAAUUUAUUAGAGAUCCAAUUGAUCCAUUAAUUGUUACAGAUGAAACUAGAUUUUUAGGUUUAGUAGUUUGCAGAGGAAGCAGUGUUAUGAUGGUUUGCCCAACUGAAGGUUUUGAAACAAUCGAUAAUCCAUAUUAA